GCAUCGAAAAAAGCUUUGUUCAAUUCAACCUAUCAUUGGCUGCUGAUUGAGGAUUAUACAUUUAAUCGGCAAGCAGGAUUCGAUGGCAACGUUGACAAGAGCGAACAUCAGUAUAAUGAGCAACUGCAGCAGCAGAAAGCAUCAGUGCCGGCGACAUCUGUUGCCAGCGUCGCUCACACUGCCAUCGCUGCGACUUCUACUUCCGCCAAUAAGGCGGAUAGCAUGGAGAUUAUUGAAAAGUACCUCGAAAAAAGCAACAUCAACAUAAAUACUGAGUUAAUAUUGGCAAAACGGCAUACACGGCGUAUACGUGACGGCUGCAGUGCACAGUGUUUUGACAUAGAAGGCAAAGUUGCAACACUGUGCAAAGCAGCGAAGAAUGGUAGUGGUGGAGUGCGUUCGGGAAGGGACGGUCGCUGCACGGCUGACAGUGAAAGCGCUACUAAUAACACACUUCAAAGGAAGGAUUACUACCAGCUCUACGAUGUUUGGAGUCCAGGACUACAAUAUGGCGGCCAAUUGAACAUUUCGGAAAUUGGAUAUUUCGCACUUGAUGAUGGUCUACAAAUUGCCCUCUGGUAUCGGAGAUCGACCACAAUUACAAGGCGAAUGGACAUGAAGAUGGCACGCAUCCGUUGCUUGAUUGUGGUAACAAAUAAAAAUUUUACAGAUACCCUGGAGCAUUAUCUAACAACACGCUACGAUACGCAUUUGGAUUCAAUGAAUCGCUUCAAUUUUGCUUUACUUUCGCACGUAAGGGAUUUGUACAAUUUCAGUUUUGUGCUAUCGAAAACUGCCUCCUGGGGCUACCUGAAGAAUGGCAAAUUCGAUGGAAUGAUUGGAGCGCUGGUACGCAAACAAGCGGAUAUUGGUGGUUCGCCGAUUUUCUUUCGCAUCGAACGUGCCAAAGUGAUUGAUUACACGACACGUACGUGGGUGGCCAGACCUUGCUUCAUAUUUCGUCAUCCGCCAAGCACCAAAAAGGAUCGUAUCGUAUUUUUGCAACCCUUUUCAAAUACCGUUUGGGUUUCAUUAGGAUUUUGUGGCAUCUUUACCAUAUGCUUGCUGUGGUUAUUGACAACGGUCGAAAGACGCUUAGAGGCUUUGGGGGUCGUAAAAAAAUUGGGACAAAGCGUACGCGACAACAACAACAGCAACAGCAGUAAGAGCAACAACGCCGCCAAACAACAGAGUGCAAUCGGCGGUAAUGAUGAACUACUAGGACGUUACUGUUCCACACGAACGACGACGACGACGACGACGACGACGAAAAGUGGCUGUGGCACAAUGCAUUGCUGCAGCAACGAUAAUGCCGCCGCAGCCGCCGCCUUGUUGUUUGGGCCAACAAAAGCGCAACGGAAACAAAAGAUGGGCAAACUGGGAAAGUUGGUGCAACAGCAGCGCAAAGCGGAAGAACGGAAGAACAUGAAACGUAUUAGCUGCAGGCCCUGCAUGCUCGGCUGUGGCAGUGCGUGCUGCGGCCAGACAAGCACCGAUGUGACGCAGCAGCGUUUCAGCUUAUUCUUCGAGUCGGUGCUUUUCUACGUUAGUUCCAUUUGUCAGCAAGGACUGACAUUUUCGACAAGUUUCUUUUCGGGUCGCUGCAUCGUUAUUACCAGUCUGCUCUUCGCUUUCGCCAUCUAUCAAUUCUAUUCGGCCAGCAUUGUGGGCACUUUGCUGAUGGAGAAACCGAAAACGAUACGGACAUUGCGUGAUUUGAUACACAGUUCGCUGGAAGUUGGUGUAGAAGAUAUUGCCUAUAAUCGUGACUACUUUUUGGUGAGCAAAAAUAAAGACGCCAUGGAAUUAUACGCCAAGAAAGUGACCAGCGUGCCAAUACAUAGUGAAACGCACACACCGACGAUAGUUAGCAAUGCAACCGCAUUGCCGCUGCCCGAUGCAGCUGGCUUGCAAUCCAAUGUGGAGCUUACCGAAGCACAAAAGUCAAAGGCAUACCGCGAUAUAUUGCAUAGUCAUGAGACGGGUGCGCAUGCCAAGAUAAAUGAGGCAUCCAAUUGGUAUGAUCCGCAAUAUGGUGUGGAUAAGAUACGUAGGGGAAAGUUUGCCUUUCAUGUGGAUGUGGCAACUGCAUAUAAAAUAAUUGCAGACACAUUCAAUGAAAAGGAGAUUUGCGAACUCACAGAAAUUCAACUAUUUCCGCCACAAAAAAUGGUUAGCAUCGUGCAGAAGGGUUCACCAUUGCGCAAAAUGAUUACAUACGGUUUGCGACGUGUCACGGAAACGGGCCUUAUGGAUUAUCAGCGAAAAGUGUGGCACUCACCGAAACCGCGUUGUGUUAAACAAAUACAUACAGACGAUUUGCGGGUGGACUUACAAACCUUUGCAUCAGCACUUUUGGUUCUUAUCUUUGGCUAUGCAGUUAGUUUACUGGCACUCAGCAUUGAGCUUAUACAACAUAAAUUAUGGCAACGCUACGUUGAUGAGGAGGCAGCACAAAAAUAAGUCGAAGGAAAUGAGUUGGUUGGUAUGCGUAGCUGUGGUCGCCGCUACUGUCUGCCACAGCAGGCAAUGACAAUCCACAACAGUGAUAUUUUGCAGAGCUGCCACGUACCACCUAUGUAUGUAUGUACAUACAUACCUGGGACAGUGACAUCUAAACAAGAUACUAAACGUUAUGUAGCACACCGCUGCAGAAGCCACAGCCAAAAACUUGCACGCCCGCUACAAAUGCGCCCCUGUUACAUAUCCAGUGAGUUCAUAGUUUACUGUAUUCGUAUAUCUAACUACGUGCGAUGCUCCCCAUAGCUUCACAACCUGUCAGUGUUGCAGGCUGUCAUGCCGCUGUGGCUAUAUGCUAGCUACAAGGAACUACAGAGGAGGCUACCUAGACUGCUGAUAUGCAUAUACUUA